UGAGCUUAAUCCAUCUAUGUUACGAUUCGGUGACGUUGUGAAGGGCUAACACCUUCGCCAUUUCCCCCACAGAAAGCUCUUUCUUUUUUUCUCCUCCAUCGACUGUGUUAAGCCAUGGCCUCUUCAUUUUCAAUGCAGUUGAUCCAUACCCACAACCGUCUUUCAUGGUUUCGCCAUAUCCAGGGUAAUUAUAGCCAAGAUAUGGCCAAGGUUCUUAGGCCUAGUAUGGUAGGUAGCAGUAGCGGAUUACAGCUUGGUCAUAGCAAAGGAUUGGCAUCAAGAUCACAUUAUGCCCUAAGGUUUUCUGUUUUGCAACAAUCCGAUCCAAAAUCGAUCAGAUAUAGGACCAUGAUCUGUGUCAAUGCUACAGAAAACAAUGGCUGCUGUUGCGAUUCCAAAGGGAUGCUGCAUUAAACAGAAAACAGUUCAAUAAAGAUCCCAAACUAUUAUCAUAUUUCAUUAAAAUUAAUAAAAAGAAUUUUAUGAGACCACCGAACCGAACCCCCUUGAUGCACUGAAUAAAAUAUGAUAAAUAAUGAAACAGCUAGAAAAGCAUUGCUGCAUGCAAUCAGAAUAUCCCUAAAUCUUGAACACACUAUCAAGUGAAAAUGCAAUCAAAAUAACCCUAAACCCUGGAUACACUAGCUAUCAAGUGAUUUAAAAUUACAAAGCCCACUGAACCGAACAAGAUUCAUGUGGUGAAUAAAUAUUUAUAAACUUACUCAUUAUCAGAAGUUUGUUGUGUUUGACUUUCUGGAGGGACAUAGAUAAAGUCAUCUUCGAUCAACUCUUCCUGAAUAGAACUUGGAAGAGACAACGCAAGAGGAGAUCUAAGGAAUGUAAACAAUGAAGAAGUUAAUGUUAAAUCAUUAGAAUUUUUUUAUGAGAAACGGGAAUCUGCAGAUUGAAAAACUCACAUUUCCAAAGGUUCAGAAUGAGUUUUUUGUCGAUCCUCAAUGAUUUGUAGUUUAGAAUUAGGUGUAGCGCUAGUGACAUUUAAACACGUUUUCUGUGUGAUUAAUUAAACAAAAUUAUUACCUACAUCUAAAAGAGUAACAUAAAUAUUUUUAACCUACACUUGUGGAGUUUUAAAACUCUUUCUUGGAUGGAUUUUCUUUUUUCUAAAAUAUUUUACCGGGCUUU